AUGGCAUCCCGCAGGUCGAGGUCUCCAUCGACCCCUUCAGAGGGUGAGAUCAUCGAAUCAGGUUCAGAGACGAAGGCAACUACGUCGAAACUUCCUCUUAAUGGCAGCAUCGUUGACCGUCCCACCAGAGCUAGUCCUGCAUCCGUGACGCGGAGCAGAUCACCACGCCACCGGAGAUCGAGGACCAGGACCAGGUCGACCUCGCGUACGCGGUCCCGUUCUCCCUACCGCGAUUACAGAGGCUACAAGCGGCGCCGGGACGAUGACUAUGAUGAUUAUGACCAUGACGACCGGCGAUACCGACACGAACCACCCCGACGCGUCGGAUCCCGAUACGAUGACAGCCGGUACUACGGACGAGGUCAGCCCGACCGACGCGCACGGCCUUCCUAUUAUGACUACGACCGUGAAGAGCACUACGGCGAUGGCCUUCGAUAUAGCGACGAAUCUGAUCGCCGCAGAGAGAAACGCGCGCGCACGCGGAGCCGGUCGCCGUACCGCGAAGUUCGCAAGCCUAAGCAGUAUUCCGGGGAUGAGUGGGAGUCUCCGAGAGAUGAGAGUACUGCCUCUCGAAAUCGCAGGAGGGGGGCUUCUAUUGAACAGUCAGUGAGCGAGCGAGGGAACACUCCAGUCGUCGCUCAAGGUAUUAAGCAAGAUGCUGAAACUCAGAAACCUCAGGUGCAGCAAGCUUCUGCCACCUUACAUGCCCAUGUUGAUAGUGUGAAUGGGGCGUCCGAAAAUCACGACGAACAACCCCCAGCCGAACCCCUUGACGAAGCAGCCCAGUUAGAGGCCCGUCGCAAACGACGUGAAGCAAUCCGGGCUAAAUACCGCGGCCAAGCUACCCCGAUGCGUUUGCAGGCACUUCACAUCGGUGAAAGUAGUAGAGAUUCAUCCACUCCAGGUGCUGAUACUGCCGCAUCAGGCAGUGCUGUUUCUGAAGCAGCACCGUUGUCAGCACCUGAGACACCUGCUGAUAGUCCAGGGGAGUUGUUCUCUGACUUCAAAGUAGGCAAAGAUGCUGAUUUAAUGAACGGCGCACCGGUAAACGGUGUGGACAAAGAUGGUCCGUCUGCAGCAGACUACGACCCUACCUUGGACAUGAAAGCGGAGAGGGAGAGGCAUGAUAGUCGUGGUACUAAUGAGGAGUUGUCUGCGGCGUCUUAUGACGAGACGCAAACCUCCCGACAGGACAUCCUGCUCCCCGACGCUGUUCAACCCCCGCCUCAGCCCAAAGCGAAGGAUCCUUAUGACAUGUUCGCAGAGGAUGAUGACGAUGAUAUGUUCGCUGAAGACACGCAGGAGACUACGCAGCCAACGCAUGCAUCGGCUAAGUCGGCAGUCCCGCAGCCCAAAGAGCUCGACAUCAGUAUGAUGGACAACUGGGACGACCCGGAAGGAUAUUACAAUGUCCGGCUGGGUGAGUUGAUUAACGGGCGAUACCAUGUGCAGCAGAAUCUAGGCAAAGGCAUGUUCUCGUCGGUCGUACGCGCCACGGACUCCAAGACUGGUGGCUUGGUUGCCAUCAAGAUCAUCCGCCAGAAUGACACGAUGAAGAAGGCGGGCAUGAAGGAAAUCGGCAUCCUGGAGCAGCUCCACGAGGCCGAUCCGGAGGACAAGAAGCAUCUUAUCAAGUUUGAGCGGUACUUUGACCACAAGGGACAUCUGUGCAUGGUGUUUGAGAACCUGAGCAUGAACCUACGGGAGGUCUUGAAGAAAUUCGGCCGCGACGUUGGUUUGAACCUGCGAGCCAUCCGGGCGUAUGCCCAGCAGAUAUUCCUGGGACUCAGCUUGAUGCGGAAGUGCAACAUUCUCCAUGCGGACCUCAAGCCCGACAACCUGUUGGUCAACGAGCAACGCAACAUCCUCAAAGUGUGCGACCUGGGAUCGGCAUCCCCGGCGACGGAGAACGAGAUCACACCGUAUCUCGUGAGUCGAUUCUAUCGGGCGCCCGAGAUUAUUUUGGGAAUCCCGUACGACCACGCUAUUGAUGUGUGGUCGAUCGGCUGCACGUUGUUCGAGCUGUACACGGGCAAGAUCCUGUUUACGGGGCGCAACAACAACCAGAUGCUACGAUCUAUCAUGGAAUGCCGUGGCAAAUAUCCGCCGAAGCUGCUGCGGCGAGGGUCGCUGACGCCGAUGCACUUCGAUGACAUGCUUAACUUCUUGAGCAUGGAAGAGGAUAAGAUCACCGGGCGACCAGUCACGCGGGUGCUGGACUUCAAGAAGCCGACGCGGGACUUGAAGACCCGGCUAAUGGGAGGCAAGGAGACACGAGGCAUGACAGACAGUGAGGCAAAAGAGCUGGCCCAAUUUGUGGAUCUACUGGACCGAUGCUUGAACCUCAAUCCGGAGAAGCGGUGCACGCCGACAGAGGCGUUGAAACAUCCGUUUCUGUCUCGGCCCAAGGCGUAA